AGUUUUCAGCCCGUCCCGGUGAUACCGAUCAGUGAGUCCGCGGUCGGGUUCACGCGAGGAGCAUCCAGCAGCUCAGCCACGCGCGCACGCACGCACGCACGCAGCGGAGGCUCGAGGAGCGGGUGUGAGCGCGCGGACGCCGCAGUCCGGAGGUCCCGGAGCUCAGGCCGGAGCGGGCGCGCUCUCUCCGCGUGCCCGCCGCACCGAGCAGCCUCAGCGCCGCACGCCGGCCACAGCGCACCGCAGGGCGGACGGACAUGCUGCCGGGGGCCGCCUCGCGCCGCGGCCGCGCGGAGCUGUGAGCGCGCUCUCGGCGCCGUUACCGGGGAUGGUGUCGGGCUGCGGAGCGGAGACGGCGGGGUCAAAGUUCGGCGGCUGCUCCUCGCGCACGCACGCACGCACACACGCGGGGCCGGAGUUCCAGUAAGAGCCCCGCGCACGCGCAGCCGCUCUCAUAAACGCAGCGCAGCUCGCGGGCGGCGGACGGAGGACGGACAUGUACUCUCCGCUGUGCCUCACGCAGGAUGAAUUCCAUCCUUUUAUUGAAGCCCUGCUGCCCCACGUCCGGGCCUUCGCAUACACAUGGUUCAACCUUCAGGCCCGUAAGAGGAAGUACUUCAAGAAGCACGAGAAGCGCAUGUCCAAGGAGGAGGAGCGCGCCGUGAAGGACGAGCUGCUCAGUGAGAAGCCCGAAGUCAAACAGAAGUGGGCGUCUCGCCUCCUGGCCAAGUUGCGCAAGGACAUCCGGCCCGAGUUCAGGGAGGACUUUGUGCUGACGGUGACGGGGAAGAAGGCGCCGUGCUGCGUGCUGUCCAACCCCGACCAGAAGGGCAAGAUGAGGAGGAUCGACUGCCUGCGCCAGGCGGACAAAGUGUGGCGGCUGGACCUGGUCAUGGUGAUUUUAUUCAAAGGGAUUCCCCUCGAAAGUACUGACGGGGAGAGGCUGGUAAAGUCUCCUCAGUGUUCGAACCCCAGCCUGUGCGUGCAGCCGCAUCACAUUGGAGUUUCAGUCAAGGAGCUGGAUCUCUACCUGGCCUACUUCGUGCAUGCAGAAUCUGGCCAAUCAGAAAGCCCGAAUCAGGCCAGCGAAUCAGACAUCAAGGAGCAGCCGGAGAACGGUCACCUGGGCUUCCAGGACAGCUUCGUGACACCUGGAGUUUUCACGGUGGCCGAGCUCGUCCGAGUGUCUCAGACGCCCAUCGCAGCCGGCACCGGGCCAAACUUCUCGCUGGCCGACCUCGACAGCUCCUCCUACUACAGCAUGAGCCCAGGAGCCAUGAGGAGACCACUGCCCAGCACCUCCUCCUCCAGCUCUGCCAAGAGGAUAAAGUGCAUGGAGGAGGACGUGGACAGCCCGGGGGAGGAGUCCUACUACCCGAGCCAGGGUCGGUCUCCAGGCAGCGGCAGCCAGGCCAGCAGCUGGCACGACGUGGAGCCAGGGAUGCCGUCACCCGCCAGCGCUCUAAAGAGGUCAGAGAAGUCCGGUUUCUGCGGCACUGCGCCUUCGCCGAGCGGCGCUUCCUCCACCUCCUCCUCCUCUUCUUCUUCCUCUUCCCCCCGAACGGCUUUCACACACCAUCACCGGCCCGUCAUUACCGGGCCUCGAGCGAGCCCCCACGCUCCCCCCUCCAGCCUCCACUUCUCCUCCUCCCCCAUCCUGCAGCAGCCUGGCUCCUACUUCUCCCACCCGGCCAUCAGGUAUCACCCGCAGGAGACGCUCAAGGAGUUCGUCCAGCUGGUCUGUCCUGACUCCGCCCAGCAGGCCGGACAGGUGGGCUUCCUCAACCCUAAUGGUAGCUCCCAGGGAAAGGUCCACAACCCUUUCCUGCCGACGCCCAUGCUGCCUCCCCCACCGCCUCCUCCGAUGGCCCGUCCCGUCCCACUGCCUGUUGACGCCAAGCCGCCCUCCACCUCCUCCACUGAGGGGGGAGGAAACUCACCCACCUCACCCACCUACUCCACCCCCACCACGUCUCCAGCUCAGCGGUUUGUCAGCGUCGGACCUCGAGACCCCGGCUUUAACAUCCCUCAGCAACCACAGUGGUACCUGGGAUAAGGACUCCAGAGGCCCCUCCGCCCACCUGUACGACAAAUCGCUGCAGUCUCUUCUCCGACCUUUCACCUUUGAUGCCAGCUGUGACAGAAAGCCCAGUCUAACCUAUCCCUACUCCUUUCCUGUUCAUGGCUGACUCCGCCCCCACCAGCACCACACACAGGCUCAGCAGCAUCAGCAUGGCUACAGCGGAUCAAACGCACCGUGACCCCCUGCAAACUGUAUAUCACAGACAUCCCUGCAAACGUAUGGUUCACACCUCAGUGUCCAUAUACAGUGCCAGACCCACCCCCCACCCCAAAUCCAACCAGGUUGAUAAAUACGUGGGGGACCUGAGCCUACAAUUUUUGGGAAAGACUGAGUCACAGUGCUUCUGACGACACAUAUGCUCUCCCAUCAUCCUUUGCAGCGGGUGCAUCCGUGGACUUACAGUCGUACGAAACCCUCCCCACACUCAUCACCCGCCCCCCCCAUCUGGAGUCCGAUGGUUUGGGGGUUCGUGAAGUUGGGAUGUGGCACAGUUGGUAGGAGGGGCCACCACCAUCGCCACCACCUGAGCCUUCAUGGACUUCCUGGGAUUGACUUCACACCCCUCGGUUGCUGGCAGGUCAGGGAGGGGGAAGUCGGAAGGCUCUACGAAAAGACAUGGACCUGGGUAGAUGUGGAGGUGUGACAGGCGCAAACAGACGCCCCCACCUGUUUCACAGAAAUAACAAGAACUUCAUGUGGGGGGGGCUGUGACAGACGACCGGGUGGAGGGUGGGUAUAAUCGUGGGGUUUUGGGGUUUAGGGUUUUCUUUAUGUGAAGUGUUGCGACCAGAUGCUGGUGGAUCCGAGUUUGUUUCUCUUGGAUGCUUUUUGGCUUCACGGCUCAUUGAUUUUUCUCUUUUCGCCACCAUUUCAGCCUCCUCGUCCUCCUCCGCCAUCCACCCAUGGGGGUGAAGCUACAGCAUGCUAAGAGUGGGCCGAAAACUCUGGUGUCCGAAUCGAGGCAGGCAGAUAGGAGAGAGAAGAGCAACUCAAACUUUACCAGUGAAAUAUUGAUCAUGAGGAAAGUGCAAUUUUGUUGGCUAGCUGUUGGAUAGUUAAAUAUCUUUGUAAGAUAGCUCGUUGAAAACAGUUGAUGAAAAGUAUAUAUAAAUAUAUAUUUUUCUUCCUAGUCCGCUCACACCUCUGGGACUCUAAAAUAGCGGGGUAAAAAAGACAACCACACAGCGCUGAAGUCGAAACCACAGCCGGGUGAGAAAUAAGGCGAGCUGUAUUCACUUUUAUCGUUUCUUCUUUGUCGUUUGUUCAUCGUGUGAAGCUGUUAGAUGGUAGAAUGAGAAUCCCUUUAACAAAUAUCAUUUUAAACAAUCAGUCUUUUAAAGCAGCUGAAGUCUGCUCUUCAUUUUGUUUGAGGAGGAAAAAAAACGCCAAGCGGUUAACUUAUUUUAAUGAGCACAUCGUUUUACUUUUGAUCCGAAUUUAAUGAAAUCAGGAGAAAAAGUACCAUGUGAGUUUAAGCUGAAAAUAAUCACGUGGUUUAAUCUUUUAAAGGGUGCCGCCCAGUAAGGGCCUGCCCUGCGAUUGGCUGGAUCUCCUAGAGGUCAUGCCCAGCCAAAAGCACUUAUUCCUGCAGUUGGCCAAUAGGCUGUGCGUUUGUAAUCAGGGGUUGUGGUUUAGCUAUGAAGAGGUAGAGCAGAGGGUAACUCUCUGGAAGCUUUCGUCCACAAACAGACGGCCGACAGCGCUUCACGUGCAACUCAGCAUUUUAUCGAUCUUCAGUUUUGUUUUUCCUUUCCUAUACUAUAUAUAUAAAUAUAUACACACACACACACACACACACACACACACACUUACGACCAUCCAGCGUUGAACAAAAGUGAAUUUAAGUGAAAAAGUUAUUUAAAAAAGAACAAAAAAAUCUGCAUGUUCUAGUGUUAGUGACAGAUUUUUCCAUAGAUGAUGUAGUUAGUGAGAAAAGACACUAUAUUGUAAACCCAACAUCUGGCACUUGCCAGCAGCCGUCUAUUAGUUUCCUCUCGCUGUCCUUCACAAACAACCAGCUCUCUUCGCUUCUCGUCAUCUCUCCAUCCUUUUUAUUUCUCCUUCCUUCCUUUUCCUGCAACAACAGAUCAGUUCUGCUUCGGUUCCGAGACGUUCUUUCUUCCGUUUGAUCUCAGAUUGCACGGAAACACGUGUUCCUCAUCGAUGUGCCUUGAGCUUCAAUUCAGUCCUGAGACGUUCCACGAGAUCUGGCGUGGAGAGUCGUGAUUGGUUGUUUCUUUCCUUUAGUUUUCCUACUUUUCCUCCAUACCCGAGAUGUCGUAGAAGGCAUUGAAGCUGAGGAGGAACCCUUUGUAUUACGAGCUCUCGGGCCUGCGUGGCGUUCUGCCCCGCCCUCCGACACCUGCAGACCCGAGCAGAUGAAAUCUACACCAGCUACUAUCAGCUCCACGUGCUAACAGCUAAAAGCACGCUGAAGUUUGGUGGAAUGAGCACCCAGUCCAAGGUCAUGUGACGUGAUGAUGUCUGGUUUGAACAAAAGGAAGUGAGCAGCACGAUUUGAGCCGACAGUCCUGCAGCUAAAAGUAGGUUUCAGGAAGUGCAGAGGUCAAAGUUCAGGGUCUCUGCUUUAGCAGUUUGGUCUUAGUUUUACAGCUGAAAGUGUUCAGCCAACAGUUUCAUGAUGGCAGACUUUUCAGUAAGGUGAGCUGACCACAUCAGCUGAUGAGCUGGCAGCAAAAUAUCAUCCAGGUCUUGGUGGUCUUACGCACUUCACCUGAUGGCACCUGGACUUGUCCUUAAGGUUCCUCACCUCACUGAGAGGCUUCCUCCAUCCUAAAAGUUAAUGUGGAGUCCUGGUAUUUCUCUCAGGACCUCCUCCAAGGUGACAACCUGAGACUCCCUGUUUCUAGAAUGGAGGAAGCGUCUCCUUUAGAAAUAGGGUGAGGAGUAUACUCCUCCUGCUCCUCCACAUCAAAAGGAGGCAGCCAGGGUGAUUCGGGCAUGUCUCACCGCAGAGAUUACAUAUCUCGGCUGUCCUGGGAGCCACCACCUCCGCUGUCCUUGGAGGUGGCAGAGGAAGUCAGGACCCGGCCCCAGAUAACCUGCAGAAAAAGUCGAGCAGCUUUAAUGAUAAAUGUUAACAGAGCAGAAGAUUUGUUCGCCAUGAGCAACACAAAAUGUGAAAGAACUAACACACCCUGGGUCACCACACCUGAAUCAAAUGAUAAGUUCAUUACCAGGCCUCAGGUGGUAAUUUAGCCAUUUAAAUCAGCUGUGUUGGAUCAAGGAGACAUCUAAAACCUGCAGGACACCGGCCCUAUUUUAAAGUCUGGUUAGGACACUUUUGGUCCGAUGCGUUCCAGACCAGCUUUGUUACAGGUGUUUAGAUGGUCACAUGAUUCUCUGAGAGUCUGCUACGCCAGGUGUGAGCAGGCUGUCACUGCAGGUGUGCUCAUUGCACUGACCUUCAAGCUCGUGUUGAAGGGCCAGAGCUCUCUCCUGCGAUGACUUGCGUCUGUUGCUGCGAUCUCUGAACAGCAAAAAAACGUUUCUCUCACGUCUUCCUGUUUCCAUUUUCAGUCCGUCGGUUCUUCUACUUUUGUUCCCACAUUUGAAUAACAAGGACAUAAAAUAUGCAAUACCUGCUUGCACUCAGACUUACGUAGUCUUCUGUUUCGUCUGUUUUGUGUUUGUUUUUUUCUUUCAACCAAAGUUAGCGUGCAUGUGACUUCUGUCGUGCUCCAUGGUCAGUCCCUGAAAAUGGUGAAGCCCCGCGGCGCCGCUCAGGGUGAUUUCCUCCGUUUCUUCCUUCCUUCCUUCCAGACAACCACAGUCUGACAUCCGGGUCUCUCUUUCCCAAAUCCUUUAUAUUUGAUUCCUUUAGUUGCCUCCAACAAGUCCAACUUCUCGUCCAUCGUUCGGAAACGUUUCCGACGCCGCUGCCCGCCUGCUGUGACGGCGCCCACGGCUGUGACGGUCGAGUGGUUUCUCUUGCGAGUGCCGUGUUUCUUCCUCGUGUUUGUUCUGUCUCUGUUCUUGCCUACCCUUUAGCCAUGAGUUGGGCAUUAAUUAUCUGCACUAAAUAUGAAAUAAAUAGUGAAAAGUAUGAAAUUUAAAAAAAAAAAAAAACAGCUUCCAGGGCUUAAAGCGAGUGAAGGGAAUAAAAAAUUGCACGGACAUUUUUUUGAAAGUGUCAGAAAAACUAAAAAAGCAGCCUAGCAUCUAAUCAGCGACGUACGGCUGCAUGUAAGAUAACAACAAUUGCACCGUUUUUAAAGACAGAAGAUGAUAUAAAGCAAUAGUUUGGGCAGCGUGUUUUGUUCUCGUGUUGUGUCAUUUAGUUCAGCGGCGAAGAGACGGGCGGUGGGCAGAGCAGCAGCUGACUGCAAGACUUGUUUGUAUGUUGUAUAGUUUUAUUAAUUACACUGAUUUUAAAGCUGCCCUAUUUUCUAAUGCAGGACUUUUGUAACAUUGAUUAAAUGAGGAAAAAGUAGUGUUGUGAAUUUUCUGAUCGUUUGUAUCGAGGCCACAUUACUAGAACUGGGUUGGUUUGUUUUCUGGGAACUGGACUUGAGUUGAAAACUUUCCUGUUUCCUGAUUUGAUUUCUUAAUUUUUCUUUUAUUUGUUUUCCUUUUUCUGUGUAUUUAAGGACAUUUCCUCUGUUGAUGGUUUAGCAUAUUCCUGCACUUACACGUUUGGGCGCUGUGGUGAUCAGACCUUUGUAAAUGGAUGUUACAGUAUGCUGUAUGUUUUUGAAGGUUCUUUGUUGCAUCAGUGUCGAUGAAGCUAAAUCCAGUAAUUCUGAGGAAAAUUGGUAAGAAAAGCGAGUUUUUUAUGCAUUUUUAACGUUUUCGUUUUAGGCAGGAGACAAUGACAUAGCCAGCCAAAGGAUGCCCCUACUAUAAAUGCAUCUCGGCAUCUUUUUUUGUGUUCACCAUUCCAUGCGGGAAAAUAAACAGCUUGAUUAUGCAACAUGA